UUCUCCCUCUGAAAUCCCCUUCUCCUGCUCUUCACUUUCCCUGGCCCCCCAUCCUACACUCUCUCCCACUAUAUCGCGAGAGACAGACUGGGACAGGAGGCAGAGAAAUAUUCAUAUUCUUAUAACAACAACAGAGCAAUAUAGCUAUAGUCGCCAAAAACAGAUGUAAACGCUGCCAUAUGAUUUAUCAACACGUUCGCCCUUAAUAGAUGUAAAGCGUAAGAUAAGGUAGAGAGAGAGGAAUGAGAAGUGAUAUUGAAGGCAACAACACUGGCUUAUUGGCUAUACAGCUAGCUGUGUAGCUGUCUGGCUAGUUAGCUAUUUACAAGAUAGGUAAUUUACGAAUAGUAGCUUAGUUAGCUGGCUAGCAAGAUACAUUAGCUACUUUCCGAGGCAGUUCUGUUAUUUUGCAGAUUCGCAGUCGUGUGCAAAUGCCGUCUAUUUCGGCCAAGCAAACCCACAAAACAAGAAAGGCACCGGUCUCGAGUUACAUACGGACCCGAAAAUGGCCAUGGAUCCGUUCCUCUGGUUGCUUCUAGGGCCUUGAAAAAACAAGACCACCAGAGGCAAAUAAAACAACUCGUCUGCUACGUUCUUCGCUCAACACUAGCUGUCCAUCAUCCUUCUGAUGUGUUCUGAAGACACUCAGCAUGCAGAUGCCUAUAUAUAAGUUAGCACAUAUUGCUUGUUGCAGAGUGCAGGAACUGUUAUAGAGCUGCUUUAUCAUCUAAGAGUCCAGUCAUUUAUUAAAUGACGGAAGAUUGUCAUCAGUUCUCAUUGCUUGGCCAAUCAUUUUUCCCAGACUUGUGACCUAUGUGAAACUUUACCCGAUGAACAGAGCGUGCCUCCUCCUCAACCCAUCAGAUUUUGACAGUCGCUUGAUCCUUGAUCAGAAGGCUUCAGUGAUUAGUCUCCAAAUCACCACGAAUCAGUCACUCAUUUAGUCAGUUAUGAACGGCUCCCUCUUAACUCCGCCCAGCCCACGGGCUGCGGCAAGCUCCUCCCCUCUGCCCCCGUCUCCGUCUCCCUCACCGUCCCCUCCAUCUCCCUCCCUACUGCCUCUUUCUCCACGUCCACCUCCUUUGCCCCCUCCGGUUCCUGCCGGCCAGCCGCUGUCUUCUCUCUCAGACACACCCACACCCUCACCCUCUCCCUGCCUUAGCUGGACCGAGUUCUGUGAGCUCCAUGCCCGGGUAGCGGCUGGUGACUUCGCCCGUCAUUUCCGGGCCUUUCUGCUGGAGAACCCGCAUUACUCCCCAGAUUCUGCUGCUGCUUUCUGCCGCCGCUUCACAGACCGUUUCGUUCGACAUUUCGAAAGCGAACUGGAGGGAAGCGGUGCAGGAAGGGAGGGGACAGGGAGCUGGGUGGCCCAAUCAGAUGCUACAUCGCUGGACGAAGAGGCGACAUCCCCGCCCCUUUUGCCACCCGAGGCCACCGCCCCCUUACCACCUGCUCAUGUUCGGGCUCCGCCAAAGCCUCUGUCGACUCGGCCAGCGUUGGACAGCCGAGGUGGGGAGAGGUUCCAGAAUCCUGCGACUUUUCAGGACUCCUACGCUCACACGCAAAUUCUUCCCCCUUCCUCUUCAUCAUCUUGCUCCUCCUCAAUGGGUGGCAACAAUGGGCGGAGGGAGGACAGAUUGACGGUUAAGCUGUGUUCUGGCAACUUGCCUGGCAAUGGAGACAUGGAAGAGGAGGAGGACAGCUGGGCGGGACCCUUGACUGGGGAGGAGGCAGAGUCAGACGAGCAAGCAGGGAAGGAUGGAGAGGCAGAGGGCGGGGCUCUAACUGACAGAGCUGAUGGCAGCCAGACUCCAAUAAGCCCUGCCUCUGGUAUGCAGUUGAACUCUGGCUCUAAAGGCAAUGGCACGCCAGGAGGUCACUCCAAAAACAAACUGAAGAAGCGCUUCUCUCUGCGCAGUGUGGGUCGGAGUGUCCGGGGGAGUGUACGUGGCAUCCUGCACUGGCGCAGCUCCUCCAGCGACUCCCCCCAGAACUGUGGACCCUCAAACCCAGCACCACUGCCCUCCAGCUACAGCUACACUACAGGCCUGCAGGAUGGCAAGAGGACCUCAGGCUCUCAGGCCGUGCCAGCCUCUCUCCCUGUCUCUCUUUCUCUCCCUCUCUCCCUCCCUCACUCUUCCUCGUCCUCCCUGCCCCCCUCUUCAUCCAGUAGUGCCACCUCCCUCUCGCUCUCCGAAGCCCGUGACCGGAGGAGAAGUAAUGGAGAAGGUGAAAAGGAGAAGUGGAGUCACCGACUGGAGAAGCUGCGGCUGUCUCGCUCUCCUCCGCCCACCUUGCCUGCCACCAUGGGACCUUCUUCGUCCCUCUUGCCCUCUGCCCUGCCCCCCAGCAGUGCAGCGGCCCCCAGAAAGACAGGCAGGCUUGUCCGAGAAGGAGGAGUAACCGUCUUCUCGUCCUCAGACGAGUUCGCUGGCUCUCAUGGUUUUCCGGGCUUUUCCUUUGGACUGCUCCACCACAAUACGGACAACAACACAGCGUCUGGCUCUGGUGUAGGGCAGACUGGUGGAGUGCAGCCUCUGGCCACAGGGGGCGCUAUAGGUGGACGGGGCACACGCUGGCACAAGUGUCGGCUGGUUCUAAAAGAGAGAGAUAAGGAGGGAGGGGAGAGAGGAGAGGAAUACUUCCUGGAGUUUUACAUCCCUCCCAAGUCCUCCAAGCCCAGACUGACUAUACCAUGCUGCUCCAUUGUUGAUGUUAGGAGCACCACAGCUCUUGAGGUACCAGACAAGGAGAACACUUUCCUUUUGCAGCUGGAAGGACAGGUGCAGUAUGUAAUUGAGACCAGAGAUGCUGUUCAAAUGAGAGCUUGGCUGAGUGACAUCAGGAACGGCAUCUGCCUGAGUGAGCAAGAGGACAUUGAGGGAGUGUGUGGUGCACAGACGGACUUCAGUGGCACGCCAGAAUUCAGUGACCGCCUGUCUCAAGUGUGUUACGGUGGGGUGGGUGGUUCUCCACUGCUGGAGCCUCUGCCUCCUGAGUUGCCACCCCGCGCCCCUCUCGAUGAAUCUGACAGUCGACUGCUGGGUGGAGGCGGAGCUAGUCUUGGCACACCCUUUGCAGAGACCCCUGAUGCCACAGGGUCUUUUCUUUUCUCAGAGGGCUCUGUGGCAGAGCCAGUGGAGCACCCGCUAAGUGAAUGUCAGUGGUUCCAUGGUACACUCUCACGGCUAAAGGCUGCCCAGCUGGUACUGGCUGGCGGAAUGGCAAGCCAUGGGGUCUUUCUGGUGCGGCAGAGUGAGACGCGGCGCGGGGAGUACGUCCUCACUUUCAACUUCCAGGGCAAAGCUAAGCACUUACGGCUCUCACUGAAUGAGGAUGGCCAGUGUCGCGUGCAGCAUCUCUGGUUCCAGUCCAUCUUUGACAUGCUGGAGCACUUCCGGGUGCACCCUAUCCCCCUGGAGUCUGGGGGAGCCUCUGACGUCACUCUCAUCAGCUUUGUUGGCGCCACAGCUGUCCGGCAGCCAGGCCGGGACAGGGCAGGCAGCCGGCCCACAGUCUGUGAUGUCAUCACCACGCGCCACCCUGACUCUCCAUCAACCCCCAUCUCUGACUGUGUACUUGAGCAGCAGACCCCGUAGCCCCCCACAGCCCCCUCCUCCCCCUCUCCCGCCUGGACGCCCGCCGCCCCCCACGCCCCCCCAGGAGCGGGGCAGUGACCUGGAGGCCGCAGGAGGAGGAGGGGGUGCAACGGGCAGUGGGACGGACGAAUGCGAGGAGCGAGAGAGGGACAUGCCCCUCCGCCAGCUGGAAGGAGCGGAGGGCGAGGAGAGAGAGGGAGGCCGGGCGAGAGCCAUCGACAACCAGUACUCCUUCUUCUGAAAGUGGAGCAGGAGAGCCAGUCACAAUCAGUAUUUUUCACUUCGUAGGAAGAAGAACUUAAGGGGGCGGGUGAGAAAAGAGUUAAUAACACUAUUAAAAAACAAACAAAAAAAGCUUUCAAAGAACGAGAGAGAGACAGAGGGAGAUGCGUGCGCACACACUCAUACAUACAAACAGAAACACAUGCACGCACACACUCGCACACUGACCACUGAAAGGGCGACGUAAAAACACUAAAGUAACGGUACACUAACUGGAGCUCGGCUGAAGAAAUGCUGGUCAAUGUUACACUACUUUUUUUAUUUUUGUUUUUUUUCCGGUGCGUCUCAGUAUUAAAGGUCCCUCUCUUGGUUCUGUUGUAUAGGAAAGCAGCAGCAGCUGCAGCGGUACUGUUCUUUCACCUCGUGCAAUCACACUGGAUGGUACUCUACCACCACGUGGUGCUAUCAUUUACACACACACAUAAACCUUUCAGAUUUUUUACCCAGCAGAAAUCUUACGUUUGUUUUUCCUGGUACGUUUUUCAUUGUUGUCGUUUCGUAUUCAUUUUGGUCUCACUCACAGCUAGGACAAAGCUAGGCUUCACACAGGUCUUAGCAACAGCUAUUUGCUUGCCAAAAUAACCCAAGCUCAUCUGUGAGUCAGUUGAUAAAGCUUGAUAAAGCAAAUGUUAAACAUCUCCAUGGACGUCAUUACCUCAGUCCUGGGGCCAUACAUUUAUCAGACUCCUCAAGACAAGGUCUUAUGAUCAGGUGACCUUUUACCCUUGGAAGCAUAGUGAACGGGAGAAGCUGAUUCCAGAACAGCUGGUCUUACUGAGGUGUUUGAGGUGUAUAAGCCCUAAUUUCUCAUCCACUGCCCCCGGCUGGAGGGUGCACCACAUUGACAAAAAAGAUCAGUAUUUCUGAACCAAAUAACUGUAUAGCACACAUGUAGGGUGCUGACAUACCGGUCAUUCAUUUUAGUGUAUGUGUCCGAGUCAGUUCAUUGGAAUGUGGGUUGAUGUGGGGAAUAGGGCUGCAUGAUAUUGGAGGGGAAAGGUGACUGUGGUAUUUUAGAUUUUUGUGAUAAAUAUUGUAGUGUUUGAAAGACAAACUCUACAAUAACAACAAGAACAAGAACAGUUUACUCAGAUAAGCACUUCCCAGAUGGAGCUACUGUCACGCUAGCAAUUUAAAGGGAGUAUUUUGAGGGGGAAUUAAGGCAGUAUUUCUAUAAUCUGAUUAACUGAACAUAAAAACUUUGUUCCUAACACUCACUAGGGCUAAGUACAAAAUGCUAGGGAUGCACAGAUAUGGGAAUUGAUGGCUGAUGCUGAUAGCCAGUAUUUUUCAUGUACUUGUCUGCCAAUGUGGAUAGCGAUGCCACUACGUAAACAUUUAGUUGCUGUCCCAAAAAAAACAAACAAGUAUCUAAUUUUUUCUGACUUUUAUUUUUCUGCUUCUUUUGAACGCAGCAGCUGCACUUUACCUAGUAUAAAAAUGUAAUGAUGAAUCGUCCAAUAGUAAUGUUCCAAAUUUGCUUGUAAUAAAAUCUCUUCAUUAACUUACGUUUUAAGUACUGUAAAGGACUUUUCCUUCUCCUGUAAAAUUACCAUUUUAGAGAUAUUUUUUUUUUCUGGACCACAAUAAUACAUAAAAUGUAGAAACUGGGGCUACGUUACGGACGCAUCUCUUAAAAACACUGCUAUCCCAGAAUAAAAUAAAUGCUCCAUCAAAUAUCCGCCAAUGUAAUCAUCUGUCCAAUGCUGAAUUUUUAAGCAUCUGCAGAUGCUGAUGUGAUUCUGAUGUCAUCACGCAUCUUCACAAAAUACCAUAUUCCAGUUAUCGAAGACGGCCUGUUGGCACCAGCGUAUAUUGGUCUCAGGCAGAUAUUAGCAGAGGGGAGCAAUAACAAUGAAUCUGAUGAGAAACAAUGAGUCUGAAAAAGCAAAAACUCACUCAUUGAGUCAUAUGUUUUUAGACAUGUAUUUCUUCUUGUGAGAUUGUACGGUAUUUAAGUAUUUUGAGCAUAUUAUGCCCCUUUUCAGUUUUUAAAGAAAAUAUCAGACCGGUAUUAGUAUUGGCCAUUGGUGAACCUCUUAUCACCUGAUUAAAGAUUGGCUUGGAAUAUUUGACCAGAUGCAUUUGUAGAAUGUGAAUGCCUUCAUUAAUGGAAACAUAGGACAUUUGAGGUUGGUCAGAAUGCUCAUAACACAGUAAUUAUGAUAAUAUUAAGUACAAAAUUGUAAUUUGUUAGAUGGCCCAAUUGAAUAUGUGAUAUCAGUCUUGCAAAGGUCAGUAUCGUGAUCAGGCUUCAUAAACAGUAUACUGGGAAGUCUGUUCCAAACCUUACACAAAGUUGAAUAUAAUAUUGUUUGCUUAAUUUGUUCACUAUCCUAAGACAUGCAUCACUCAACUGGGGUUUUCACAGCUUUGUAUUAGAUUCCGUUUCCAUUUGCAGUGCAGUUUCAUCAGGGAGAUCAAGAAGUUUAUUAAUUAACUAAACUAAAUGAGUGCUGGAAUAAAUGUCAGCAAACCACUGAUUUGAAAAGUGAUUUGCUUCAGAAAUACUGAACUUGUCUCUAAUGUCAGGACACAGUCUCUCUCUCUUUCACUCUCUCUCACUCUCUCUGUCUCUCUCUCUCUAUAUUGAUGUAUCUCUCUCUCUUUCUAUCUAUAUCCAACACCUGCACUUCAUUCGUGUUAACUGUCUUUUUAUUUGUUGUUUUAUGUCCAUGUCUCUUUCUAUAGUAGAAUCCUUCUCUCUCUCUCUCUCUCUCUCUCUCUCUCUCUCUCUCUCUCUCUCUCUCUCUCUCUCUCUCUCUCUCACAAACACACACACACACACACGCACACACACACACAUACACACUGUUUUAGUUUUAUUUGUGAGUUUGUUUAAGUGGUGGAGUCCAGAGGAGGGAGAGAGAAUGUCCUUAAUUUACAAGAGAAAUAGUUUCUUAUUGAUUAUGCUGACAAGGAUGGUAACCGUGGUAAUAAUUAUAAUAGUAAUAAUUCUCUAAAUAAUAGUAUUAAUUUUAUUUUUUAUUGGUUCUGUUUUUAAAAAUGCCUUUGUUAUAUGUUGUAUACUCAAUGUAUGCAUUAUUUUUGGUCUCCAGAUUUUUUUUUUCGAGUUGCAGAAGUUUUUUGUGCCUUUUUAUAUUGCUUGUAAUCUCCCUCAGCCUGUCCCACUACAGUUUCCUCACAUUUAAAGAAAAUGUUUAAGAGAAGAAAAAAGAUGAGGAUAAAAUAGCCCUUAUCUCCCCGUGCCUUUUCUGUGUUAUGUCAUUUCCCUUCAUUCUGUGCCAGUCUUGGUUUUGUGCCUGGUUCUGUGUUGCAUCACCAUGUCCACCACCCAGUUUAGUGCCUACCAUUUACCUUCCUAAUCAUUUCCUUCACUUUACCAUUGUAGCCCUCUUUUCUGUCCUCUGCUCAUUCAGUUUUUACACCUCUGUAUUGCCCUGUCACUUUUUCUUUCCCUCUACCCCACUACUUUUGAACUUCUAUUUGUGCCUUUUUCUCUCUCUCUCUCUCUCUCUUUCUCUCUCUCUCUGUGCUGGGACCGUGUGUUGAGGUGGACAGUUGUCCACUCUGUGUAAUUAGUUUCAGGUACUACGUUGAAUUUAAUAAUAAUUAAUAAUAAUAAUAAUGAUAAUACAAAAAUAAUAAUGGUGGUGAUGAUGGUGAUGAUAUAAUAUAAAUAUACUGAAACAAUGUGUUUUGGAGUCUUAUUUCUGUGUGUGGCUGUACUGCAGUUAAUAAAGUCUAUUUUACGCUGUUGA